AUGGAGAAAUUCCAAACCACUUACAAUUCCAACACCACAUCAGCAAAUGAAGCCUUGAAGAGUCUGGGUUCUCUAUUCACGACUAAAAGGACAAAACCCCUAGAGAUUCGUGCUGGUCUGAAAACUGACCAUGACUCCUUUCAAACUUCUAUUUCGUCUCAGCUUUCUCAGCUUAAAGACGAACUUGUGAAGGAAGGUACUCUCAAGGAUUCUCUUGCUUUUAAAACUGAAGAAGCCAAGGUUUUAAGCACCAAACUUGAAGCAUCUGAGAAACAGGUCCAUGAUUUGUUGUCAGAGAGGGCAGUCAUGCAAAGCUGCAUACUGAUGUUACUAGCAUGCCCUCGGACAUCAUUGAGCCCAGGGACUCAAUGA